AUGACGUUCGAAGAAGCAGCAGAAAAAGUGAAGAAGUUGAAGAAGAGACCAACUGAUGAUGAGAUGCUUGAAGUAUAUUCACUCUAUAAACAAGCCACAGUUGGUGAUAUCAACACAACGGAGCCAGGUAUCACUGAUGUGAAAGGAAGAGCAAAAUGGAAUGCUUGGAAAGGCCGAAAAGGAAUGAGCAAAGAUAAAGCGAAAGAGGAGUACGUGAAACUUGUCGAUAAACUCGUUGCCAAAUACGGUCUUGCCUAA